CGGCCUUGAUUAUCCUGGAAAAGAUGUUCGCCCUCAAGCCGCAAUUCCCCAUUUCUGUCUCUCGGUCCCUCCUCAACUCGUUUAUAACCCUAGAGUCUUGGCGGCUGCCCUUGCCGCAGCCGUACGGCGGAUGAGGAGAACCUCAGCUGAGGAGGACGUGAAGCUCGCUGUCUUGGCGGCUUGCAGUGAAGGAUUUGGGACCUAGCCUGUGCUUACUAUGGUUUCCGAGGAAACCAAACCAAAGAAGCAAAGAAAUGAGGAAUGCAUCAUAAAUUGUCUCCCAGAAGACCUGAUCGAGCAGGUAUUUUUUAGGCUUCCAGUGAGCUCUUUGUUGAGGUGCAUUGGUGUUUGCAAGCAAUGGCGCAAAAUCAUCCGAGAUCCCCAAUAUGUCAGCUCACACCUCCAGAAUGCACCCUGUUGUGCCUUACUAUUCUUUCCGCAAGAGUCGGUUUCAGGAAGGCCCUACCCUGCAGAUACUAUCUUGAUUGAUGAAGCUGGGUCACAAUCGACAUACGCAGUGCCAGUGAUUGGCCCUGAAGAUUUCCUGUGUGGUUCAUGCAAUGGGCUUCUUUGCUUAUACACAAAGACAUCAACAAUCAAGAUAGCUAACUUUGCAACUGGUGAAUGCCUGCAUCUUGAGAAACCUAUGAAGAAAUUGAGGGGUGAUCACUUCUUGUUCUACGGCUUCGGAUUUCACCCUUUAACAAAAGAAUACAAGAUUAUACACUUCCUUGGUGAUUGUGACGAGGGUCGCCAUCGCCCACAUAAUAACAAAAGAUUCAGCGCCAUUCAAGUUUACACACUUGGUGACGAAAAAUGGAGAGAUAUCAGAACUCCAGGAGCUCUAAGCUUGAACUGUGUGAAAAACUCUGGAACAAUCAAUGUUGAUGGAACAAUGUAUUGGCUUGCUGAAGACAUGGUAGCUAGCUGGCAGCAUGCAGUUAUGUCCUUUGAUCUCAAUGAAGAACUUUUUGCACUGAUACAACUGCCAGCAGCUACACCUGAAGAUUGUCCAGGUCGUGGUCCUCGUCUGUACUAUGGAAAGAUAUGUGUAGCAACUGCUUAAACCUGUCCUUCCUUGCCCAGAAGGCUUGUUGGUAAGCUCCAAAUCUGGACUCUCGACAACAAAGUGGAGCAAAGGUGGACCCAGAAGUACAAUAUUCAGUGCUCACCAGAUUACAUUCCCGGUCAAAAUUUGGUUCUUGGGGAUAAGAUCAUGGUGCAACACUGUGAUGGAUACCUAUAUUCCUAUGAGUUGCUUGGGGAGAAUGUCAAUACUAAACUGUGUAAGAUGGAAAAGCUGUUAGAUUUCAGCCCCCACAAGCCUGACAACAUGCUAUUCUACAUGUGCGUGAAGUCACUUGUAUGUUUAGAUGUAUACAAGAAGGCUGGUGUUGUGCGUAAACCAAAACAACGGGAAGGCUGGGAAUUGAAGAAGUGGGAGUCAUGGAAGCACGAUCUGUCUGAGUUGGAAAAUAAGUGGACCAAAAUUCAUCGACGAGAGCUGGAUGCAGCGGAAUCUGCACGAUGCAAUGGGAUAGGAAUCUUUGGUCUACUACGACAUAUACCGGAUGACGUGUCUCAACAAAUAGGCAUGAAAAUCGAUCAAAUAUUUCCAAACUUUCCAGAUCAGCUACCAAGGCCCUUCUGCCGUCUUAAUUGGGUGACACAGAUGCGGGAUAUGGAAAAUUUACUUGCUCGUAUGAAGAACUUUAAUACUAUUAUGGAGCCUACGACUCAAGCAACACAAAGUAUCCUUAGAGCUAUACAGGAUCAGCUGGGCGCUUCGAGUUCAAAUGGUGGCAUUUCUUCUCAGAACUGCAAUGAUGGUGAGGAUUCAAAGGCUUGAGACUUGGGAUCUUAUCGUGAUUUGUUCUUGGCUUCCUCGGGCUGUUGUUCAACUCUUGCUUCAUUUUACCCCGGGAUUGUUUAGUUCUUUUACUUUGUAAAACGGUGAUUUCUGCAGUACCAUAUGUGUGCUCUUAUGUUUUUUCUAUCGAACCUAUGAUAUUUAUGGCUCGUGAUUAGUCAGUGUGAUCUGAUUAACACAUUGGUUGAUUUGGGACCUUGAUAAAUUUGCGUGACAGUGAAGUUGCGGCCGUUCUUUGA